AUGAUUAACAAUUAUUCCUAAUACUAAAGUCCCAUGUGUUUAAUAUCUAAUGUAGCCUUCAAAAAGGCUAAACGCGAAAAAGUACUAAAAAAUUUAUAUGGAUAUCGAAAAUUUGAUUCAGCACAUUAGUAUUAAAAAUUAUUUUUUCCUCUUCUUCAAAAUGAAUAUUAUAGAUCAAUUGCUAGAGAUGAAAAGGGCUUUUAUGAAAGAUUGUUUUAUAAAGAAUCAUAUCCAUUGACAUUGAGAAUUAGUAAUUUUAAUAAUGAUAAUAAUGCUGCAAUUGAAGUGAAAAUUGAAUCUGAGAUAGACAAACAGGAUCCUAGGAUAAGAUAAAAAGAAUUAUGGAAAUAUAGGCAUUAUUCUGAUUACCUGGUUUUCAAAGAGUCCUUUUCAUACAUUGGUGCAAUAUACAUUUUGGAUCCAGAUGAUAAUAGAUAAUAUUUGAUGUCUUUGGCAAUCUUUAAAAAUAAAGAGAAUGAACAGCAUUUAUUACUUCCAAAUAGCAUAACAUUAUAUUUCCCAUUAGGCACAUUAGUAAACAACUAAGAAAUUUAUUUUCAACCAAUCUGUCCUUUAAGUGCAUAUAGAACAGAAACAGAAUGCCUAUUUCAAUUAGAUAAAUGUCCCUAUUAUCAAUUGAUAUUGAAUCCAAUAGAAGAAAAUAAUAAUGUCUAAACUUCUGAAUUUGCUUAACUUGUAGAAUAAUAAGAAGAGUAGUAUACUUAAAAGGAAGAAUUUAAAAAACAUUUUAACGAUGAACAAAUAAUUGCUAUCAAAAAGGCUUUAAAUUUUCAUAAAAGGGUAAUAAUAAUAUUUAAUCCAAGUUUACUAUUAUAAAGGGUCCUCCUGGAACUGGUAAAACUUAAACAAUAAUAGGAAUCAUAUCAAUUAUGGCAUAAAUGUUAAUUUACAAGGAGAAUGAAAAGACAGGGGCAAUUUUAAUCUUAGCUAAAUCAAAUAGUGUAGUCAAUGAUUUAGUAAGAAAGAUUCAAAAAAAUAUUGAAGAAUAGAACUCAAUUAUAUAUUGUUUUUAAUAAAAACCAGAUUACUUGAAAGUUGUUCGGUUUGGAAGACCAAAUUUAUGUGAUGAAGAUAUAGAAUAACAUAGUUUAGAAAUCUAAUCUCAAAAUUAAUUCUUUUAACUUUUUAUAUAAAAAAUAAAAGAGAUAGAAAAAUAAUGUAUAACUGAAAAAAUAAAGGAUCUAAUGAUAAAUAAUAAAAUUGAUGAUUAUUAAGAGUAUUUAAAACUUAAUAAAUAAUAAAUAACAUUAAUUUCAUUGUUAAAUUAUAUCGAUGAUCUUAAUAGAUACUGUAAAGAUUCAGAAAUAUUAAAUGCAUAUGGUAAGUUUUAUUAAGAUUUAUCAAAAUUAUUAUAAACAGAAAAAAAGUAAUAUGAAGAGAUUGAAUAAAAUUAAUUAUAAAAAGUAAAAUAUAUGAAUAUAACAAUUAUUAGUGUCACAUAGUAGUGUCUACAUUAAAUAGUUGCUCAAAAGAAUGUUUAAGAAAAUAUUUUGAAGGAGUUAACUUUCGAAUGUGUAUCAUUGAUGAAGCACCUACAGCACUUGAACCAGCUUUAUUGAUUCCCAUGGUGAACUAUCCUAAAAUUGAGAAAAUUGUUUUACUAGGUGAUUUAAAAUAAUUAAGUCCAAUUGUUAUAGCAAGAGAAUCAUUUAAUCAUGGUUAUAAUAGAUCUUUAUUUGAGAGAUUGGCAGAGAGAUUACCUAAAAGUACUACUUAAUUGAUUUAUUAAUACAGACAAAUGGGUAAUUUAGCUGAAAUUACAUCAGAAUUGUUUUAUGAUAAAAUUAUUUAGAAUGGUGAUGAAAAUAUGUAAUUCCCAUUUUGGAUAUCAUAGAAAGUGUCUUAAGGUUAAAAUAGAUUAUUUUUCAGUGCUCCUUCUUAAACAGAAAGUAGAGAGGAAACAAGUAGAAAGAAUGAUUUAGAAUGUAAAGCCAUUAUCAAUUUAAUUAAAUAUUUAUUGGAGGGCUUAAAUUUAUAGUAAUAUAAAAAUCAAAUUACAGUUAUUAGUGGUUAUGCAGCUUAAAAGAAGAAUUUAUUUUAAUAAUUAUAAAACGAAAUAUUUCAGGAUCAUAAAAGUAGAAAAAAAAUAAUAAAAUUAAGUGAUUUAAUAGAAUUAGACACUGUUGAUUCCUUUUAAGGAAAGGAAAAUGAUAUUAUCAUCUUAUCACUUGUAAGAUCAAAUGAAUAGGCAGGUUUUUUAACUGAUAAGAAGAGAACUAAUGUUGCACUCUCCAGAGCAAAAUAUUGUCAAUAUAUAUUUGGUACUUAUGAGACAAUGCAGAGGAGUCUAAAUAAUUGGAAUAAAAUAUUUAAAUUGCUUAAACCAGAAGAGAUAAUUAAUUAUAAAUAAUAAGAUUUAUAGAAUCCUAAUUUCUAUAAGUCCAUAUUAAAAUUAGAAUGA